UUCAUCCAGCAGUCCUCUCGGUGCAUUAUGCUGUGAUUGAUGACGUGUACAGCCUCGUGAUGCACGCCGCGCAUGAUAUAAUUUGGUCUGAGACGGGGUCGAACUCCUUUCGAGUCCUCGUCUCCGUCGCGCCCGACGCUCUCUUUCGUCUCUGUGCCGCAAUCCGCUCCUUUCCGCCGAGAUCCGCCGGUCUCCUCCGACCUUCGCCAGCCUGCCGCUGAUCUCCGCUCCCCUUCGCUGUUCUCCAUCACUCUACGCGGGUCUCCACUCCUCUUUUCUGAUCCGCCCUUUUACUCGGCAUCCAAUCUGCACCAUCGAAGGUCACUCCACCGAUCGGUCUCGGAUCUGCGCCACCAAAGGUUACUCCGCCGGUCGGCCUCUCAUCUCCGCCAUCAAAGCCUUAAUCGACUGCCGGAGCUUCUCCUUUUCCGUGAUCAACGCGUUCAUCUGCCUGUCGGUGCUCCGAUCAUCCAUUAUAACUCUCAGAUCUCAGCAUCUAUGUUUAAUAUGAGGCAAUAUAUUGGGUAAGUAUCAUUCAGUGAUUGCCUGCCCAAAAUUUUCCCGGCACUUGAUAUUAGGCUUUGCUGUUAAUAUGGACGCUGGAGUUUGGAGAUUUGUAGGAUAAGUAGAAAAAGAAGCAAAGACAAAUAGCAAGUAUGGCACCUUCCAGCAAGGCAAAUCAAAAGGCGGCAUUAGAUACUGGUGCAUGGCUGUUCAAUGUUGUGACCUCCGUGGGAAUCAUUAUGGUGAACAAGGCCCUAAUGGCCACAUAUGGCUUCAGUUUUGCUACAACAUUAACUGGACUGCAUUUUGCCACGACGACUAUCAUGACUGCCAUACUUAAGUGGCUGGGAUAUAUUCAGGGCUCCCAUUUACCAUUACAGGAACUUAUAAAAUUUGUUCUUUUUGCAAACUUAUCAAUUGUUGGGAUGAAUGUGAGCUUGAUGUGGAAUUCUGUGGGGUUUUAUCAGAUUGCAAAGCUGUGUAUGAUCCCAGUAUCAUGUUUUUUAGAAGUUCUAUUUGAUAAGAUCCGUUAUUCCAGAGACACAAAGCUUAGCAUAGUGGUGGUUCUCAUAGGUGUUGCAGUCUGUACUGUUACUGAUGUGAGUGUAAAUAGUAGAGGUUUGAUAGCUGCGGCGAUAGCAGUCUGGAGCACUUCUUUGCAGCAAUAUUAUGUUCAUUUUCUUCAACGAAAGUACUCACUUGGAUCAUUCAACCUCUUGGGCCAUACUGCUCCAGCCCAGGCAGCAUCACUGCUGAUACUAGGGCCUUUCCUGGAUUAUUGGAUGACAAACAAAAGAGUGGAUAAGUUUGACUAUAAUGUUACUGCAGUGUUCUUCAUCAUAUUGUCUUGCACCAUUGCGGUAGGAACCAACCUUAGUCAAUUCAUCUGCAUCGGAAGAUUCACAGCAGUGUCUUUCCAAGUCCUUGGUCACAUGAAGACUAUUCUUGUGUUAGUUCUGGGUUUCAUCUUCUUUGGAAAAGAGGGCCUUAAUCUUCAUGUAGUUCUUGGUAUGAUCCUAGCAGUUGUAGGAAUGAUCUGGUAUGGAAGUUCAUCAUCAAAGCCUGGGGGAAAGGAGCGCAGGAGUUAUUCCAUGUCAAGUGACAAAUCCCAGAAGCAUGGGGUGUUGUCAGAUUCACGAGAGCUUGAUGAGAAGGUGUGAGUAGAGUUUUUUCAGUUAUCUUUCUCAUCAGCCCACAUAUUGAGCUUUGAACUGACAAAGCAUUGGUAGGGCACCGAUUGCCCAGUAAUCUUUAAAAAGGUCAGAAACAUUUUGCUUUUAUUUUUUAAAAUUUUUUUGGGAUUUAUUUGGGGAAUACCAGCAGAGUCAGUGCAUAUCUCCCCACAAAGGUUCUCUUUGCUUCACGUCUAUAGUAAUUUAUUUACUUCAACAUUAUCACAUUUUACAAAAAAGAAUUGAAGGGUGUAAUUUGCAUGUAGUAAAAUUUUCUUAUGCUUAUCAUAUUUAUCCUGAUUGGAUGGGCUCUACAAAUUUGACAGCAUACAAAAUUGUUUGGUUAUGAUCA